AAGAUGGCGGCCGCUCGGCUCCAGCCGCCGGACCUGUGCUCCCGCCCCCGCCCCCGCCCCGGCCCCGCUGCCUCUGCCUCCGCCGCCCAGCUCCGCUCCAGCCCGGCCGCUGCCGCCCAGCUCCGCUCCAGCCCGGCCGCUAUAGGGAAGGAUCUGUUCUCGUGUUCGUAACUAGUCCUUUGGGUGUCUUUUGAAAACCGGUUGGUUGAACCUGAAGAAGUGUUUAUCCACUGACUUGUGUGACUGACUAAUUGGGCUCGGUACUAUUUUGAUUGAUUGUUUUGACUAGCAAACAUGUUGCAGAUCCCAGCGUCGUGGCAUGUUGUGUUUCCUGUGGUCAAUUGUUUAAUUUCUCAAGAAGAGCUUUCGCAUCAUGGCUUGGAAUUGCUUCAACGUAGAGACGAGGAAUAACUUUGCCAAGCGUCUUGAUUGAGCAACUUAUGAAUAGUCAACCAUGGUAAAACUUGCAAACCCACUAUACACGGAAUGGAUUCUAGAAGCUAUCCAGAAGGUGAAAAAGCAAAAGCAAAGGCCAUCAGAAGAGAGAAUCUGUCAUGCGGUGUCAUCUUCUCAUGGAUUAGAUAGAAAGACUGUCCUGGAGCAGUUAGAGCUUAGUGUGAAAGAUGGAACUAUACUUAAAGUUACAAACAAAGGGCUUUCAUCGUAUAAGGAUCCAGAGAAACCUGGCCGUUUUACAUCUGUUAAGCCUUGCAAUCUCUCAAAAUCUAAUCAAGGGACUACAUCCAGAAAUGUUAUUGAUAUAUGUAACGUGGACUGGAAUAAGAUAAUCAAGAGAGCAGUUGAAGGAUUGGCAGAACCAAAUGGUUCCUCACUAAAAAACAUAGAGAAAUAUUUGAGAAGCCAGAGUGAUUUGUUUACUAUUACCAGCAGUUCCACCUUUCAACAGCGGCUGAGGUUAGCCACCAAACGUGCUGUGAAUAAUGGGAGAAUAUUAAAGGAUGGUCCACUUUACAGAGUGAAUUAUGGGAGUGCAGGAGGCAAAGGAGCAGCAAAAUACAAUAAUUAUUCUCCUUCAUCUCUCCUACCAGUCAAUCAUCUUCCACGUGAAAAAGAAAAGCCAUGUGCAGAUCCCUUCCCCAUCUGCAGUUUUUGCUUGGGGACAAAGGAAUGCAAUCGAGAGAAAAAAACAGAGGAUCUCAUCUCUUGUGCUGACUGUGGUAGCAGUGGCCAUCCAUCAUGUUUAAAAUUCUCUCCAGAGUUAACAGCCCAUGUGAAAACCUUAAGAUGGCAAUGUAUUGAGUGCAAAACUUGCAGUGCUUGCCGAGCCCAAGGAAAAAAUGCUGACAAUAUGCUUUUCUGUGAUUCCUGUGAUCGAGGGUUUCACAUGGAAUGUUGCGACCCACCUUUGUCCAGAAUGCCAAAAGGAAUGUGGAUCUGUCCGAUUUGCAGGCCAAAGAAAAGGGGAAGAAAAUUGCUCCAUGAGAAAGCUGCUCAGAUCAAACGUCGUUACGCAAAACCACUCGGACGUCCCAAAAAUAAACUAAAGCAAAGGACCAUAUCUGCAGACACUGAUGAAGGAUCUUUGACAGUGGACACAGGAAAGGGGUCACCUGACAAAGAAAUCAAAAAGGAAAGCAUGGAUGGAAGUGUAGCGUGCUAUCAGGACAAUGUGACAGAGGAGGACUUGGAAAUGUUCAAGCAAGCUCGGCACCUGUCACUCCAGAAAACGGGAGGUAUUACUACUGUGGAGGCCCACAGUCGAUAUCCAUCUGUCAUUGAAUUUGGGAAGUAUGAAAUCCAUACUUGGUAUUCUUCACCAUAUCCACAAGAGUACGCAAGGCUCUUAAAGCUUUACCUUUGUGAAUUUUGUCUGAAGUACAUGAAGAGUCAGAACAUUUUGCAGAGGCACACCAAGAAAUGUGGCUGGUACCAUCCACCUGCUAAUGAAAUAUACCGGAAACAAGAUCUGUCAGUAUUUGAGGUUGAUGGAAAUAUCAGUACGAUCUACUGCCAAAAUCUCUGUCUGUUGGCCAAGCUUUUCCUGGACCACAAGACACUUUACUAUGAUGUUGAGCCAUUUCUUUUCUACGUGUUAACUAAAAAUGAUGAAAAGGGCUGUCAUCUUGUUGGCUACUUCUCGAAGGAAAAGCUUUGCCAGCAGAAGUACAAUGUCUCCUGUAUAAUGAUCAUGCCCCAGUACCAAAGGCAAGGCUUUGGAAGGUUCCUGAUUGAUUUCAGCUACUUACUUUCAAGGCAAGAAGGGCAGGCAGGAUCACCUGAAAAACCCCUGUCUGACUUGGGACGACUUUCAUAUCUAGCAUAUUGGAAGAGCGUGAUACUAGAAUAUCUGCAACGUCAUCAGGACAAACAAAUCAGUAUCAAGGGUAUUAGUAGGGAAACGGGAAUGUGUCCACAUGACAUUGCAAUGACCCUGCAGCAGCUAAAGAUGAUCGACAAACAGCAAUGCAAGUUUGUUAUUAUCCGGAGACAAAAACUCCUUCAGGAACAUGUGGGGAAGCUGAAUACCACUCCACGGGCCAAUAAAGUGGACCAGGAAAGCCUGCGGUGGACUCCUCUGGUCGCUCCCAGUACUGUUGCUUCAGAAGAGGAAAUGGAGGCUGAAAAAGAGGCUGAGCAACUGAUGGAGCAAGCUAGUUGCUGGGAGAAGGAACAGGAGCAGUGUGCUGAAAUGCAGACCGAUAAGCAUUCAGUAAAUAAUGCAACGUGUAAAAAUAGAUUUACACAGUCUGUGUGUCCACCUGCCAACAGUGAAUUGAUAAUGGAGCCUCCAAAUGAAGUCAGCGAAGAGGAAUACGAGGAUGAGAAUGAUGAGACGCAGCCCUGUCCAUCGCCAGACACAGCAAAGUCAUUGGCUAGGGGGCCAAAGAGAAAGAGGCUGCUCAUACACAGAAAGAAGAGGGGCCGGAAACGGCGGAGACAUAACAGCAGCGUUACCACUGAGACCAUUUCAGAAACAACUGAAGUGCUUCAUGAAGCCUUUGAGAACUCUGAUGAUGAGGGUCAAAUGCCUUGCUUGGAACCUACUUGUGAAGAAGAGGAGGAUUAUGAUUGUGAUGAAGAAGACAAGAAUUUCUUGAGGCAUCGCUGUGACAGCUUGGACUUAACAAAGAAGAAUCAGUCACAUGAAAAAGAAGAUUUCUGCAAAAGUGCAGAUGAAACUCCUGAGAAAGAACAGCAUACAGAUAAAGCAAAUACUGAUAUCUCUUCAAAAGAGAACACUGAGGAAAACUCUGUUGAUUCUGAGCCUUUAGCAAGAGUUGUGAAACGCAAAAAAGGCUGGCCAAAAGGAGUGAAGCGAGGUCCAGCUAAAUGGAAACGUAAAGCUGAGAGUAAAGCUGGCUUUAAACUCAACCUGUACACACCACCAGAAACUCCCCAGGUGCCAGAACAACAUGGCACCGCAGAGGAGAAUCCCAUGGUCCCUGAACAGAACGCUGUUGCUGAGAAACCUGCUGACAAAGCCUCUUCAAUAACAGAGGAAGAUGAACUUGAAAAUGAGCAAAAGCCAGAAUCCCCAGCAAAGUCUACCUGCUCGUCAAGUCAGGAGCAGGAACCUCUGGAUGAAACGGCUGAAAAAGAACAUGAGUUUGCUGGUGGGGUUCCUGAAGAUGAAGCUCAUAAUCUUGAACAAGAGGAAGAUGAGGAGGAGGAGGAGGCUAAUCGGAAUGAGGAUCAUGAUGCAGAUGAUGAAGAUGACAGUCACAUGGAGUGUGCUGGAGCAGUGAAAGAAACUCCAGAGGAAGAAGCAUCGAACCAGGAGCCGUUCCUCGAGUUAAAUGUUCCAAGCAAUGAAACCCAGCAGAAAGAUAAGAUAGAUCGAAAUGUUGAAACUCUUUCGGAUUCUGAUGAUCAGAACAAUAAUCAUGAAGCUAUCUCAGAACACACACCAGAUUCAGAUGAAGAUCACACCAACAACCAGGAUUACAAGGAUAAUGGAAAGCAGUCCCCAGAAUUCCGAGAAGAAAGUAUAAAUGCAGAACCUGACACGGAGACGGUGCAAGCUGUUCAAUCAUUAACACAGGAAAAUGGUGAGCAAGUAAAUACAUACCAAGACUGUGCCGAGACUAUGGAGGCCUGUAGGAAUCUGCAAACCUACUCUCAUACGGAGCAGAGUCCACAAGUAACCAUAGUGGAUGACAGCCAGCAGUCAGAUCACAACAGUCCUCUUUCAUCUGCUCAUUCCAAUCCUAGCCAGUCAGUUUGUUCUGUAAACAGCCCUAGUGUGCCUCCCAUGGAGAAUAGUUAUAAUCAGAUCAGCCCUGAUCAGAGUGGUAUUUCUGCACCACCUUUACAGAACAUAGAAACCAGCCCAAUAAUGGAUGUUCCCUCAGUGUCUGACCAUUCACAACAAGUUGUGGACAGUGGCUUCAGUGACCUGGGCAGCAUUGAGAGCACAACUGAAAACUACGAGAAUCCAAGCAGCUAUGACUCAUCCAUGGGAAACAGCAUUUGUGGCAACAACACAACACAGAAUAGUUGCUCCUACAGUAACAUAUCUUCCAGUAGCCUUACUCAGAAUAGUUGUGCAGUCACUCAGCAGAUGACUAACAUCAAUGGCAGUUGUAGUUUACUGCAGCAACAUACUAUCAAUUCUCCACCAACCUGCACUGUUAAAUCUCCGCAGAAUUGUAUAAUUGAGAGAUCUCCAAGUAGCAAUCAACAGCAGCAACUGUCACAAUGUGGCAUGCCCACCAGCUUCACACAAGCGAUACAAAUGGCAGACGUUGCAGAAACUGGCAGCUCAGCCAUCAGCAUCUAUGAAAGAAUGGGCCAGGGUGAUUUUGUAACCGGGGCCUAUCCACAGCCAUCUGCUAACUUCAGCCUGGCUAAACUACAGCAGCUCACCAAUACUAUCAUGGACCAUCCGUUGCCUUAUAACCAUUCAGCUGCUGUGACUUCCUAUGCAACUAGUGUCUCCCUGUCCACCCCACACUCCGGCCUUGUGCAGAUUCCGCAGUCACCUCAUUCCUUAUCUGGGGGAGCGCAAGCACAACCUACAAUGACUCCCCCACCUAAUCUCACCCCGCCACCAAUGAAUCUGGCAUCACCGCUUCUACAGCGCGCCAUGGGAGGCCCAAACAUUGGAAUCCCUCAUACCCAAAGAUUGCCAACACAAAUGUCAACAAAAGGCCACGUUGCCAUUCGCUCCAAGUCAGUGCCCAUCCCACCUGCCACUGCCCACCAGCAACAGAUCUACAGCCGGGCCACAUCAGCUGUGGCCAUGCAGCCAGCAGCACGAUCUCUGAGCAUGCAGCGGAGUGUCAACAUGGGCCUAAUGUCAGCACCACCAUACAACGUCAACUCCAUGAACAUGAACGCGUUGAACGCGAUGAAUGGAUACAGGAUGACUCAGUCCAUGAUGAACAGUGGCUAUCAUGGGAAUCCAGCCUACAUGAAUCAAACCACACAGUACCCCAUGCAGAUGCAAAUGAGCAUGAUGGGAAGUCAGCCAUACAGCCAACAAUCCAUGCAAAAUGCACCACAUGGCAACAUGAUGUACACAGGGCCAGCUCACUACACUCACAUGAACACUGGCAUGACUAAACAGCCGUUGAACGGCUCCUAUAUGAGGAGGUAGAUUUGGCCAAGGUAAGAUCACAAAAGGAAGAUCUGCAGAGCUGGAAGCAAACCGAAAAUACAAAUAACUGGGUGGAAGAUGGUGGACUCUAAAGACCAGCUGUUCAGCUGAACUGUCAUGCUGAAGUAAUUAUUAAUGGCACUUUGUGUUCACUCUAGUCACAGACGGAAGCCUUAUUUAUUUUUUGUCUAGUUGGGUGGGAGUUGUUUUCAUCUCUGCAUAUUCGUAUUUUUCCUUUGUGUUUGGCUCGGACAGACUACAUCUUCAAAAGAAGAAUGGAAACGGAAGCGUACACCAUUAUCAGACACGUUCAAUGUGCCUGGUUACCUUUGGAGAGAAUUCAGCCAGUCAUACGUGAAGAAGAUACAAGCCCAAGUAGGAGACAACUUGACUAC